GUGACAACUGGAAGUGAGUGCGAAAAAGUGGGUUAGAUCCGCCAGUGGAGAAAUUUUCGUGAAAAAUCAGGAAAUUAUCCCUAAAAUGGCCCAGAUAGGCCUUGCACGUGACUGCGGGAUACUUUGCCUCGUGCGUGAAGUGUGAAUCUCGGUGCGAGAGGCGCUGAAAGUGGGAGAAUCAGCCCCUCGAAGUGGUCCGGAAGUGAUUUUGGGGGUGGGGGCAGGAGGAAGAGUGCCUAUGCGCAGUGUCUGGCCGUGUCGUCUCCAGUCUAUCGAUUGCUGUGGCCUCAGUUGGAACGUGCCACUGGGAAUUGUUUGUUUUGGACACUCGAGAGCGCGACAAGUCAAGUGGUUCCGCGUAAUUGACCGAUAAGGCUGGAAAUCUCGGUGGCUGGACAUGCUAUAGAUCUCAGUCUCGUCACUCCCGUUGAUUGUGCUGUGCGAGAAAGAAUGUCAACUGUGCAUAUGAAGCCCAGCCUGGAGGGCACGUACGCGGCCAUGGCCAGGGAGCUGCAGGACGAGGAGGAAGACGAUUUCCAGGACGCUUGCGAAUCCAUCCCACCGCAACCGGGCACCGUGAUGGAUCUGGAGACCUCCCUGCUGGAGGCCAACCAGGCGCUCGACCUCUUCUUCAAUAACCGCUUCGCGGAGGCGCGGAACAUCUUGAAGCCCUGGGCCUCGACGAGUAUGUAUCAUUCUGUGGGCACGUCAGUAUUCGCCUGUCUUGAAGCCGUCCUCACAUUUGAGCCACAGCACAUCCUGGACGCCGCCGCAGCGCUCAAGGUGUGCCUGAGCGUGUGCAAUCGCCACCGCAGGAAAGUUACCAUCUCUGAGCAGCUGGGCAAGACGUUCAAGCGGCCCAACUACGAAAUGUACACGGCGCUGGAGGCGCACGCGGAGUUGUGCGCCGCCGAGGCGUUGCUCAUGCGCGCCGUGAUCACACUGAUCGAAGACGAGACGCUGACGAGCCUGAUCAAGAGCGGCAUGAAGGUGCGUGCGUGCUUCGGCAGCUACAAGGAGUGCAGCGUGAUGCUGAAUCGCAUCAAGUGGCCUUCCGCGGAGACGCGGCUGCACUUCGAGAGCGGCGUGCGCGUGGGCGUGGGCGGCUUCAAUCUGCUAGUGUCGCUGCUGCCGGCGCGCGUGAUCCGGCUACUGGAGUUCAUCGGAUUUAGCGGGAACAAGGAGGUGGGCAUGCGGGAGUUGCUGGCGGGCUUCCACUUGAAGGGCCUGCGACAGGUGCUGUGCGUGAUGGGCCUCUUGGGCUAUCACUUGAUCGUGUGCUAUGUGCUGAGCCACAAGGAGGGCGACCUGGCCUUCUGCGACGAGAUCCUGGAGCACCAGCUGCAGGUGUAUCCGAAUGGUGUGUGCUUCCUCUUCCUCAAGGGACGGCUGGAGUUCAUGCGCGGCAAUCUCGAGGAGGCCACGCACUGGUACAAGAAGUCCUGGCGCUCCCAAACGGUGUGGCCUCAGAUGCACCACGUGUGCUUCUGGGAGCUGCUCUGGAUCAACAGCUUGCGCCAGCAGUGGCGCGAGGCUCUGCUGUACGCCACGAAUUUACUGGAUCACAGCCGGUGGUCGCGCACGAUUUACACGUAUCAGAAGGCGGCGAUCCUCAUGCAGAUCCCCGAGGAGGAUCUCACGCCCGACGAGCGACGCUCCAUUGAGUUCCUCAUGCGCGAUGCGCCGCUGCACAAGCAACGAAUAGCGGGAAAGUCGAUUCCGCUGGAGAAGUUUGUGGUGAAGAAGUGCGACAGAUACUUUGCCCAGGGGAGAUUUCUGCUGCUGGCGGCAGUGGAGCUGAUGUACAUCUGGAACAUGUUCAAGAUCCUCGGGAGGCACUUUCACCUGGCCGACGGCGUGCUGAAGCUCAUCGACCGCGUGACGGCGGACGACAAGAUGCCGCGGUCCAGAUUCGACGCAGACAAUCGAGCCCUGGCGCAUCUGCUGAAGGGCGCUUGCUUGAAGCAGAUGAAGAGUCCUUUGCAGGCACUCAAACACUUUGAGGCCGUUGUGGCGAUGCACAAAGACAUCAAGGAGGACACAUACUUGAUCCCUUAUGCAAUUGUUGAAAUUGGACUCAUCUACGCCGACCAGGGCAAGCGCGAGAGCGCCAUAAUGGCAUUGGAGGAUGCAAAGAAAAACUUCACGGGCUACUCACUUGAGUCACGACUCCACUUCCGAAUUCACUUGGCAUUGACUGACUUGAGAAAUCACCAAUCUCAGAAAGAUUCCUAAGAAAAGCUAGUCACCAAAAACCCAACACGAUGUUUCCGCGCGUUCACGAUCCACUGAAGACUAGGAGGAUGUUUAGACAGAAAUACGUUGAGGAUUAACUCUCUUUUUGCAUUAUAGAUGGAAUGGAUUUAUUUUGUAUUGGUCAGUAUUUUUCUACUAAUUAUCUGAGUAUUCUUAUAGACGAUAUUAGGCCUUUAGGAUGUUCGUUGUUGAGCAGUGUGUGAAAGAAAUAAAAUGCUAAAAAGCGGGAAAA